AUGAGCAUUAACUUUUAAUAGAUUUCAACAUCAAACUAUCCAAAUUUAAAUUAAGAAAAAAUGUCUUCUAAAUUUUUAUCCUCUGCUUAGAAGCGUAAGAGAGGGGAUGAUUAUUUCUCUCAGCAAGGUGGAUUGUCUAAUUUUAAUGCAUUUAAUACAAAUAAAGAUAGGGAUUAAAAGUUCGCAGGUGAUAGUUUUAUAGGCAAUUAACAAUCUCAGUAAGCACAAUUAGGCUAUUUCAAUAAAUUUGGGGACAAUAAAUCAACAAAUUAAAUGAAUAACAAUAAUAUUAGCAUGAUGAGUAAUCAUGGAUUUGUAAUUUAGAAUAACCUAAAAGGAUAUAAUAGACAUUCUUAGGAAACUUCUGCUAAUACAUUUUUAAAUUAAUCUUCUAAUUAGCUUUAUAAAUUCAAUGCAAAAAAUACAGAAAUCAAUUAGUUUAACUUUAAUAACUAAUUUAACUAAAUAUCUAACGAAACUUUACCUAUUCAUUAGGAUAUUCCUCCUAACCCUCAAAUAUUAAAUCCUGGUAGCUACAAUAUUUCCUACAAUAAUGACACUGAAUUGUUAAGACGUGAAGUUAUCAAAGAAUAGAAUCUUUAAGAAAAAAUGCUUGUUGUGCAAAAAGAGCAAAAGAUUUAAUCUGAAAUUGCUUACUCUUUUAAAUAAAUGUCUCGUCUCUUGGAUGCAUGCUUGAAGUAGGAUGAAACAGGAGCUGGUAUAACUAGUGUAAAGUAAAAUGAUUUCUAACUCCCUCAUGGAAGCAACUUUAUCUAAUUCAAAGCCAUUGAAUUCCCAUAAAGGAUUGUAGAGUAUUACACUGAUUUGUUAGAAAAUUAAUAUGAGUCUGAUUAAUAGCGUAAUGAUGAAGAAUCUAUUUCUGUUAAUAAGGGAAUUAUUGCAGAGUUAAGUUUGGCUUGGGUUAGCAUAAAUAAAAAAUUAUUUAUGUGGAAAUAUGGUCCUUAAUCAUUUGCAUAGUUUACAAGACUUUACAAUAAAAAUGAAUACUACAGACAAAAUAAAGACUAAUAUGGCACAAAAAGAGAUGAUAAAAUUGAUAAGGAUGACCUAAAGGAAUUCGAUUUAGAGGACACAAUACUUUAUAUAGCUUUUGGAUAACCCAAAUAUGCAAUUUUCAAAUAAAAUGAAAUCAAAAAUGUUCUUGUGAUCGCAUUCCCUAAUUAUAUCAAAGUUAUGCAUAUCAAGCUAGAACAUAACAACAUAGAUAUUCAAGAUAUCAAUGUUUCAAUAAGUACUGAUCAUGAAUACGUCAAUAAAAUUGUGUUCUCUAAGAAAGGAAGAAUAUUCUUUGGAGGAUCAAGUGGAAGAGUCAAAUACAUAGAUUACUUUAAGUCUUAAAUAUUAGGAAUUACAAUAAGCGAAAAAUUCAAAGCUAAAGAAGGUGUGAAUUGGUAAUAAAAAUUCAAACAAUAAAUUCCUCUUUUGAAUCAAGAUCAAUAAGUGAUUGAUAUUAGUGUUGAUGACACAAGAUAGAUUUUAUAUGCUUUGGUAGAAGUUUAGUGUGAUAAACCUUUUUUUAGAAAUCCGUUUUCAUAUAACCCUUACUAAUAAAAAACAACUUAAAGAAUUGAUGUUUAUGAUUUAGGCGCUUUUGAUGAAGAUUUUACUUUAAUUGGUUCCUUAACUCAUGCUCAAUUUGCCGAUUAACUCCUUUCUAGCUAAACAAAUCAUUUCCAUUUACUUCCUACAAGCAAAGAAUUAAGUAUUAUAUCAGUAUCUGCUAUUGAAAAGUAUCAAUCAAACGAUUAUAAUUUUGUUAUUGUAACCUAAUCUGGUAUUAGAGUCUACUAUGUAUUAAAAACUAAACCAGUAACUGACAAGAAAAACCAAAUACUGAGUGCUCAGGAAACAAAAGAAGCAAGAGAAAAAUUCUAAAUGUUUGAAAAAUAUAGACCGAUUGCAGAGUUUUAAAUUGCUAUUGUGAAGGGAAUGUUAGAUAUUUCUCACUAGAACAGCGCAUUCAGAAAUCUUCAUGUUUUUUAUGAUCACAAAGACUAUCAAACUUGCAAAGGAAGCUAUGUCUAAGUUAUAGAUGAUGAACAGAAAAAAUACAUUAAAUCUGCUUUUGCUACUCGUGGUGGUGUCGUUAUGUAGAAAAUAGAAAAUAAAUAGAACAGGUUAAUUUUCAUCGAAAGUAACUAGUAGUAUAUUGCAAGGCUCAAGGAAAAUAUGUUUUCAAACCAUCAAAUAUUUUCUGAAAUACAUCCCAAUUUUGUAGUUGCAACAGAGCGCAUGGGAGAAUUAAUUCUUGAUUUCCAAAACAGAGACGAGAACUCCAAUAUUCUUAAUGAUUUGACAUUUGCUUAAAUCCCUGAAAAAAACUUACUUCCUCCUUAAAUUAGUAGCCUAAUUUUACUAAAUAGCUUUGAAUAGCUUGAAACAAGUUAGAUGAUUGGAGAAUAAAAUGGUCAAUAAGCUUAUGUUUGCUUGAAUGAUUUAACUAAAUAAUGUUAUUCUUAGCCCUCCCAUUAUGUAGUACUGACUAGUAAGGGAAUUUUAUUGUAUUACUAAUAGAGACCUAUUGAUUUACUUUACCAACUUAUUAAGGUACUUCCAGAUUACAUAACUGAGCCAAAUUAGACUCAGGCUUAAUUGUAAUUUUAGCUAUUAAACUAAAAGAAACUAAACAAGUUCAGUAAUAAGCAAAUUGAUAUUAAAAACAAUCAAUAACAGAAAUAAAACUCAUUAGAAUUUUUUGAAUAAUUCAUUAUUACAUAUGGUGUAACUGAAACAUUUGCUAUGCUCUCAUAAAUGCUUUGCCACUCUCAUUUAGAAUACUAUCAAAAUUUAAAUGUCCAUAACCAUCUUGACAAGUAACUUAAAAACAAGUUGUCAGAUACUACACUCAACAACACAAACAACUUUACCUAGGGAACUUAAUAUGAGCAAAACACUAAUAAAUUCCCAGGAUAAAAAAAUAAUGAAAAACCUCUUGACCCUUCUCAAAUACCUGAAACAAUAAUCACAGAAAUAAGCGAAUCAAUAUUGAAAAAGUCUCAUUUCUUGUUCUAAAAAUAUGGAGAUAUUUUGCUCGAUGAGACCAGUGAAAAUUAAUAUCAGUCUAAAUAAAUGAAUGACGAAUUCUAAAACACAUUAGGUAAAGCUUGGGAAUGGACUAGAAGAAAAUACACUUCCAAAGUAGAAGGUGUUUUAUUAUACUUCUCUAGAUUAAUUAGACCUGUUUGGAAUAAACCUCUUGUCAAUUCAUAUGCUUUUAAGUUCUUCAUUAAUGAGCCUAUUGAAAAUUUCAAAAGAGAAGAAAUUCAAGCUUUUACUCGUCGUCUCAACGAGUUCAAGUUUUGGUUAGAAAACGAAACUAAAGUCAUUUACUGCAACGAACUAAAAAACAACACUCUUCUUGGAUCUGAUUCUAACUAAUCAAUUAAUAAUAUUUAUAUGAAAAGUGCCUCUAUUUCUACUUCUAAUAGAUAUGGAAAUUAAAAUAGAUAUAAAAGCAACGAAGAAAGAAUGUAAGAAAUAAAAGCAGAUGAGGCAAAAUUAAUUGAUGAUCUCCUUCGCUUCUGCAGCAAAAUAAUUUAAGUUGCAAAUCUCUUCCUUUUUAUUUCUGAAAAUAAAUUAAGGUCAAAUCUGAACAACGUAGAAUUUAGAGAUUUAAGAGAAGAAAUUCUAUAAAUCCGCUUUAAAGAUGUUUUUACUGACAAAAAGAAUGAAAAAAUUGUUAAAAACUAUGUCUUAUAAGCAAUUAAGCUUGACCCUAAAUAUAUGGAUUAGGCAAAGAUGGUCUUGAGCUAAUUUAAUACUAUUUUCCAUGAUAGAGACUUCAAUAUUUCAUAAGCUGAAAUAAAGUUAUAAAUGAUUCUAAGUAAAUUUGCAAGAACAGGAGUUCCUGAGGCAAAAUAUCUAAAUGAGUGUACAAAUAUCUUGUUGGAGCAUAUCGAAUAUCUCAAUUCUGACUACAUUGAUAAAUUCUUUAUGAUUUAUUCUUCUCUUGACUCCAGAGUAGAUUUUACUAAAAUUGCCAUAGAAUGCAUUAAAUUCCAUUAAAGAAUCAUAGAAAAUAUAGAGAGAUAACAAUAAGAGACCUAAGCUUUAGAAGAAUAGUUGAGAGCUAGCUAAUAAUACAAUCCUGUUAAUAAGUAUUCUGAAUAGCUUAAAAUUUAAAAGUAAAUUUUGGAUGACAAUUCUUAACAAAGAGAAUUCUGCUUGCAAAAAAUAAUUUAAAUUCUUGAAGAUUUACAUAAGGAAUCAGAGUUUGAUCCAAAAACCAAAGUUAAUAAGGAUCUAUAAAUACUUAAUAUAGUGAAACUCAUUCAAAACUACCCAUCAGAUUUCGUUCAUAGUGUUGUAAUUGAUUUCUUGUUGAGAAAUAAAAGAAAGAGCGAAAUUCUUGAACUAAAUAGUCCUUUUACAGAAUAAAUAUUUUCUAAUUUUGGAACUGAUAAUGCAGAGUGUCUUAAAAUCAAAUUUAAGUACCUUGAACAAAUGGGAAAUGUAAGAGAGGCAUACAAUGUAGCGUUCUAGUUAUCAAAUUUCAAGAAUAGAGAAGAAUCUGAGGAUAGAGUUUUGCUUGAUGAUAGAAUUUCAUUUACAGAAAUUGCUAUUUAUGACAUUUCGGUUAUUCUCAGCGAUUUCAAUAUUUCAGAGACUGACAAAAUUAGAUACUAUGCUGAAAGAGAAAUUCUUGUAAAGUAAGCAAGAAUACUUAAAAUUUAAAAGAAAAUGUAUGAGAAGCUCUUAAACGGAAUAAAUUAUGUUGAAAAUAGUCUUAAAAAAUCAAAAACUUCUGGUGAUAAGAAAACACUUGAAUAAAAAAAACUUCUUUUGAAAGAAAGUUAUGAUGUAUUACAAUUCAUGAGGCUUGACGAGCAUAUGUUAGAAAAGUACUAUGUAUGGCCUUUAAAUCUUGUAGAGUUUGCUCUUAUAUUAUAUGAUAUGACAGGGGAAUAAAAAGUUGACAGUUCAAUAAAUUCGAUUUAUGACAAGUUAAUUGGUAGAAUGCUUGGCAACGAUAUUUACGAAACCAAACAAUGGCCUCAUAACAUCUAAGAUACACUAAUUAUGCUUAAUGAAGAAAUUGAAGAGAAAGCAAGAUUGUUCAACUUAGAUCAUAUUGUAGUAAAAUGCGAAAGCAACAAUGCUUAAAUUUCUCAAGACAUCAAAUUUUAGUUAAAGGAUUUCAUUUAUUUAUACAACUAACUACUUGUUUAGAAAGAGGAUUCAGAUAUAAAGAUUCUUUCAUCUCCACUUUGGAUGCCUCACUUUUUAGUCACUAAAUUAAACUUUUCUCCUCUUAAUUUGAUUUCUCACUAUAGCGCGAUAGGAAAUAUAUUAAAGGGAGAAGUUUCUAAUAGUUAUAAUAUUCAUAUCAAGAACUGUCUUUUCAUUCUCCUCAGACAUUCAAUAAAUUACAUUUCUAAUGUCUUACAAAAUCACGAAUAACACUCUAGAGAGUUUAUUUCCAUUAGAAAUUCCAUAUAAAUAUUGGAAAAAGUACUUGAGUCCUUCAAUAACGAAUUCAUGGCACUUUUAUAAUCUUAGACUUAGAAUAAAUCUGAAAUUAUCUAAUACUAAUAACAAUUAAGCAAAUUGUAAGAAGAAAUUUCUUUGUAAAUCGGAGAAAUUGAAUAAUUAGAUAGUGAUUUCUAAUACUUAAAUUAAGGUGCUAAUUAUAAUAAUUCUAUUGAAAGCUAGUAAAGUUUGCUUAAUGGUAGCAAAAAUAAAGAAGGUAAUAGCCAAAUCUUUGAGUUUGAUCAAGAUUCUAAGCCUUUGAAGGAAAUGCAUAAUGCUGAAUAUAUUAGAAAAAUGAAAGAGAAGCGUAACGAUGCCUUACAAGAUCCUGCAAAUAAACUAUAAAUGGCUUAUAUUUUAGGAGGUUUUACAUCUUCUUUAUAAAAUAGAAAUGAAAGCAAUGGAAGCAGCUUGAAUCAAACAAACAAAAGUAAAUAAAACACAAAUUCUAGCAAUUAACAUCAAACUAUAAGUUUUGGAGACAGUAAAUUCUUUGAAUCGAAUAGCAAUAGUAGAUAAAAUAACACAAAUUCAUCAGGAAUAAAUGAAUAUGCAUUUUACGAAUUCAAUAAAAUCUUAGAAAAUAAAAACGAACAAGAGAUUUAAUUAGAAAAGAACAAAAACUAUUGA